AAGUAUCAGUUCUUUUUACACUUCUUAAGAAAAUUCUUUAAGGCAACAGUAGAGACCUCAAAGCUCUUCAUGGUUAGCUAUAAUCAGACACAUCUUACAUGCUCAAAAUAAAUGCCUCUGCCUCCAUUAACUUAUGAGCUCAUGUUUCUUGAUGUUUUUGUGGUCAUUUUGAAGCAGGUCAACAGUUUAAUACCACACUGCACGUCUGCCAAUGAUCGCCUAAAAAGGAAGCGUUUUACAGGUUCGGCUUCCCCCAUUGCUCUGCCUUCAAGAGGAUGUCAGAUGCUUUAAGAAAACACAGAAAGAGGAAGACACAGAGAGGGAGAGAAAGAAGCACGUGUCAGAGGUGCUUUAUUUAUUCCUGCCAGUUCUUCUUCUUUCCUAGUCCAGAAUGCAGAUUCACAGAGCUGGAUAUAUUGCUUUUUAUGCUACGACUUUUUUCCAUCUUUGGGGAGGAGUUUUUUCUUCAACAUCCCCUGCCCCUCUCCUUACACCGACCUUGAAAAUCAAAGUCAGGUCAAGCCAGUCAGUGGAUCUGGUUUGCCGGGCCCCUAAAGGCAACCGUGGGGUUCUGUUCAAGCUGUUCCAGGGAAGAGAGGAGGUGGACUGGGUGAACCUACAGUAUGGAGUUGAGGAAGUUCAUUUCACAGUCAGGGUGGAUUCCCAAAAACCUAAUAUCUUCUGCUGUCUGUACAUGGACGAGCAGGGACUCUACAGUUCGAUGAGUCCCUACUUGGAUCUAGACGACCACAACGAUGAUGCCCCAUCCAUCUUGCCCUCAUUCCCCCCUCCGCUCUUGUCAGUGGAUCCUCCCACAGGUGUGGUCAAACCAGGAGCCACACUCGUCUUCAGCUGCACCAUGCCCACUCAGCAAUCCCAGUCUCGAUCCCAGUCCCAAAAGCCAGUGUCUUUUAUUCUACUGAGGACUGCUCAGCCAACAGGGGCCACAUCCGUCAUUCUAAACCCUAAGGCCAGUCGGGUUUCAAACGCCCCUCUGCCUGGGCUAUUCACAGUGGGACCUGUAAGGAAAGGAGAUGAGGGCGAGUACACCUGCAUCUACCAGAUCAGCAAAAAACGAGGAUUGGUUAACUCAACCGCCAGCAAUGCGAUUGAAAUCAUCGUAGCAGGCAAUCUGCCGGUGCCCAACCUCGUUCUUCAGCAGCAGACAGAUGUGUGGCACUUGCUCUGCACCGGGUCUGCUGCCUACCCUGGUGCCACGUUCUCCCUCUUCCUGGCAGACAGUGAAGCUCCUGUUGCCACCCAAAGGGCUCAAGUAACCCAGCAUCAGGCGACGUUCGCCCUCCCUGUCCAAGACUCCUCAGUGGCUUUGUACGAGUGCCAAUACAGCGUCCUGCUGGGCAGCAUGUGGAGCAAUUCAGAAAGAAGCAUCUCAGUGUCUGUAACAAAAGGAAACCAACCAUUAUCUUCUUCAGGUGUGGACUGGCCUCUUGUUCUGGGCUCCUCCUCUGCUGCAGUGUUGUUUCUCUGCUCACUGGUGCUCAUAGCUGUGGUGGCUCACAGAAAAGUAAAAGCAGCAGCAGAGAAAAGGAAGAAGAGGCAAGAAGCACAGUUCUGGACUAAAGUUCAUGGGAGAGACCAUGUUGUUGAUCUUUCUCUUCGACGCACAAGUUUUACAUAUCAGGAAUGGAACAGCGGGGUCACGGAAACGGCCUCCAGAUCAUCUCUGUGGAACCCCCUCUCUACAUUCACAACUGAGAUCCAUUAGAAAUGUCAGUUUCCUCCACACGUGUGUUUGUGUGUGUGUGUGUGUGUGUGUGCGCACUUUAUCGGAGUUUAUCCGUGUAGAAUCAUUUAGUAUAUCCCAGGAGGACAGAAAAAUGUAUUGUUUUGCUUUGUUGUUUUUUUUUUUAUAGACAUGUGUGCUUGUGACUGUACAGUUUGACAGGAAAUUAUGCUUCUUUGAUCUUAAGCUAUCAGUGAAACUUUAUUACUAAUCUGUUUGGAUACACAUAUGUUUUCUUCAUUAAUUCAAAGGUUUUGUUUUAAUGCUCAACCAAUCUAAAUUACUUUGGUCUUUUUCUUUUAUUAAUUGUUUUACUUUACAAAAAACACAAUUUUUCCUUUGUAAAAAUGUUGUCUAAUAACUUUUUUCAUGCUUAAUAAAUUCUAUGCAUAUUAAAAUAAACCUAUUAAAAAACAAAAACAAGUAAUCCCUCAGAAUAACAUAUUCCUGAGCUGCUACGUCUUAGUAACGGCCAACCUUUAUUUUUAUGAAAACGUUUGACUUUUCUCAAGAAAUAAAAUCAAACGCGUGGGAGA